AUGGUUGAGCAGACCGGAGAGAAGACAACGGUCAGGGAUAUCGACUACAUUCUCCCCAACUCAGGUCCCUACCAUUACAAUCGAAAACACCAUACGUACGCCGGCAUCAACAUCAGUGGUGCAAAGUUCAUCCAAGGGUUCUAUACGCGUUACUGUAUCUACCUCUGUACCUACGACGACGAACCCUACUUUACAAUACCCAAAGGUCAACUUCCCAUCCAGCCACGGAUCACUCCUGGCUGGGCAGUUUCCGGCGCCAUACUCAUCCUAACAGGUAUCGUCUGCGGUAUGGUCGGCACCAAGAAAAAAUGGCUCCACACAUUCCUUACCACCGGCUUCCUCGUCAGCCUAGGAACCACUGUUUUGAUUCUCUACGUGACUGAUCCGCCAGUCAGUGACGCAGUCCAAGGAGCCUAUGUCGUGGCUGCGGUCUGUACUGGCCUGAUCGUUGGCGGCCUAGCCAUCAUAUUCCAGGACUUGGCCCAAAGUUCAGCCUGCCUGCUCGCUGGCUUUUGCUUCAGUAUGUGGUUGCUUACUCUUGGGCCCGGAGGUCUAAUUCACCACAAGGGCGGUAAAGUGGCGUUCAUUGUUCUGUUAUCCUUGGCCUGGUUUUGUUCAUACUUUACUCGAUGGACGCGCACUUACAGCCUUAUUGCCGCCAUCUCCUUUUCGGGUGCCACUGCUGCGGUUCUGGGGAUCGAUUGCUUCUCACGUGCCGGUUUGAAGGAAUUUUGGGUAUACAUCUGGGACCUAAACGGGGACAUCUUUCCCCUCGGCACAGUCACGUAUCCGUUAACCCGCGGUAUUUGCGCCGAAAUAGCAGCUAUCAUGGUUAUCUUUGUUGCCUGGAUUGUCUCGCAGCUUAAACCCUGGUGUUUGGGUAGGAAUCGAGGAGAAUCGAAACCCGCGGACCACGGAAGAAACCUGGAAGCAGAAAGAAAUUUGGAAGCAGAAGACGAAAAGACGGCAUGUCAGCUGGAAGAAGCGAGAGCUCGCGACCUCCGAGAUUGGGAACGGAAGUAUGGAGAUGGAGAAGUCAGACAGCUGUCUUCAGCGGAAGAUUCGGAUCUCGGUCAUACGGACAGCGAAAAUGGAAUGCUGCGUCACAGUCAACGCAUCAUACCGGCAGCUACAACGUCCCGCUCCCGGUCAACCACAGGAAUGGACUCGAAUAUCAGCAAUCUUGGGUAUGCAGCUGGAGCCAUGACCCCUUUAUCCCCGGCGCAGGCUACCGCGGCUGCGAUGGCUUGCUUCCCAACUCGCAACCUUAACGGAGCUUCAGAUGACACGGUCCCGAGUGAGUGCCCUACCGAUGCUGGAAGUCCGACAAGUGACGAAGAGAAUAUGGAUUUCAGGGUAAAUGAUGGGCGAAAAGUGGUGUCAUCGGUUAUGCCGGCUUCCACACCACGCCCCCAAUCUCCAUCAGAGACAUACACAAGCGCCGAGCCACUGCCUCUCGAGCAGAUAGAGAGACAAGAUGGCAUUGAUGAGCUACAUGUCCCCUUUGAGAACGAUGGGGGAAGUUGGCUUGGACAAACAGAACAGCACCGGUCUACCAUGGUGAUCAGAAGACUUUCGAACGGCUCGGCUGAGGCUUUUCGAAACCUGUCACCAAAACCUGUACAUCGCGGAGCUGAAGGAAAUCAACAGACAGGUGAUAGUCGUGAAGGAGGGCUUGCGGCGAUUUGGAGGAUACGAAACGACACGGAUUCUGUCGCGGUAAACUUGGAUGAUUUGGGUUCUGUCAGCAAUGAUGAAAGCAUUGAGGACGACAAGAUGGACAAGGAUAAGGUUUCUAGCAUUGAGACCCAAAGCACUGAAGACACAAGCAAACAGACCGAAGCGUCUGUCAAACCAACCGAGGAAAUGGCAGACAAGCUAUUGUCUGAGGGUCACAGUAAUCAGCCAGAUCACUCACAAGCCCACCAAGGAUCAGACAUUCCAUCAACAAGCAGAGGAUAUGGCCUAAUGUUCGAUGAGCCAUACGAGUUCCAGGGAGAAAAGGAAAAGCCUCAACCGAGUCCAGUGGAUGUACCUGCGCUCAUGGGAGGGUCAGAGAUGAGAUUGAGUGGGUCGCCAAAGUCGGAUGAAUCCUCAGGCAGCAGCCUCCUUAAGGAAAAUCAUGCACAGGAACUUUCACCGGUUGCUUUGUACCACCGGACAAAAGAAUGGGCUAAGCACUUGGAUGCUGCAGAUAUCCCUGAGGAGCCGGCGGCGCCUCAACCUAUCGACGGUUCGAAGGAGACGAAUUCGAAUCUCCCAACCGAAAAUCCAGUACCCGUGGAUCUCAGCGGUCUCCAACAGACAGCAACGAAUGCUAGCUUACCUCGAGCGAUCCCCAGAACAACGAGCUUGGUAACAGACUACCUUGCUCGACAACGGGCUAUGCAUCGGAGCAGCUCCGGGCCUGUGUUGCAAAGAUAUCCGGAGGACACAUAUCAUGCUUCAGACUCUACACCAGAGCCGGGACGCGUGGCAACAACUAGGGCCUUUCCUUACCGGUCUGCUUCCGAAUCCUUCAAAGGACUAACAUCAAGACUGUGCACCGAAACAAUCGCUGAGGAGGGGGGUGCUCAAAGCCAUCAACUUGCUUCACGACAGCUAUCGGGCCGUAAGCACCAAAUAUCACGCUCUGUUUCUCUGGGAGUAUCAGCGGUUCCCUCUGCGGUUGGCUCAUGUGGUCUUGCUCAAACCCCACGAGCAUCUCAACACCAGACACCAUCGACAUUGAUGGAUACACGCAAGGCAGUUCUACGCAGCAAGUCCCAGGGACAUUCUUUCAACGCCCCGGCAGUGGAGGUCCUCCAUGACAGAGCUCCUGCCGUGAAACUGCACUUGGUGCAGGAUGGCAGUGACAGUCCUCCGAUCGAUAUCGACAAUAUCCCCCUAUCUCAACGUCGCAAAAUCAUUCGAGAGAGCAGCUUAACAUCUGAAUCCAAGAACAGACGAUCACGAGAUAGGUUCCAAGAUCCGACAAACCCGAAAUCAAGCCCGAAGCUUAAUAACCUAUCCUUGGGUCCUUCGACUCCCGAUGCCGUCCGCGAAGCGAAACUCGCCAACUUCCGCGACAGUGUCGCCGCUGACUUGCGGGCCUCGUUGAGUCGCAACGCAUCGAAUAGCAAUAACAACACCACUGCAAGAAUAACCUCAUCAACAUCACCACUACAACCACCAGCCACCGUCUACGAUCCUUAUUCCGUUGGUCAUCAAUCCAGCGUCAUCACGCAAACACAGACACAAGAACAAAUUCACUCGGGACUAGGCCGGAGGACAUCAACGCAACGAAACACCUACGGGUAUGGACAACAACCACCGCAGCAGCAACAGGAUCCAACAUCAACAGGGGUAGCAGUAGAGACACUGGAAAGACGCAGUAGCGGACAGACACAGUUACAAGUAGCACGAGCGCAUCGAGCGCAUCGAGCGCAUAGGAACGCGAUGAGGAGGUUGCAGGCUAGUACUAAGACGGAAUGA